ACUAUCAGACAUACACACCUACAUCUACAUUGUUAUUGUCUGGUGGCUGUUUUGUUUAUUGGAUUUUGGUUAUGGUUUUGGAAAGUGGAAAACUAACAUUGUUUGUACAAUAGGAUAUUGUGGAAUUUGUCGAACUUCUUUUACAGGUGUACUCAGUUUAUUCAACAUCCAUAAUGGACAGUGAUAACGCUACAUUUGAUAUGAACUCUCAAUACUCAACUGGGCUUGAUAUUUCGGAAAACGCUACAAUUUUGGAAGAAGGUUUAAGAGUAUGUCCAUUGUGCCAAUCGGAAAUAAAGCUCUUUUUUAUCAACCUAAAUGAGAAAUUAUUGAUGUGUGAAAAUGUGGAAUGCGAAUACCCGUUUGGAUAUGAAGACUUGCAGUUCUUUAAAGAAAACAAGAAUGCUGAGUCUGUUGAUGAAUUGUGCAGUAUUCGGAGUAAACCAACCAUCACAGAUAAUACAUCUAUGACAUGUUCUGUAGUCUCUGCCACGGCAUGGUUAGAAAUAGACCGCAUGAACACAGUGUUCGAAUCUGAAGAUAGUCAAUCGGAAUACAUACCUAAAACAAAUAAAUCAAAAUCAAAUGAAAAGCAGAAGGAAAAAGAAGAAAAGGUAUUGAACAAUGUAGAAUGCAUUAAAGGCUUAAAUAAACAACUCAAGGAAAUUAAUGGCAGUCAUAAAAGGAAAAUAGCAAAUAAGAAAUACAUUAAGAAUCUGAUGACUUUGCAAACUAUGACGGGAGUGGAAAUGCUUCAGCCGGAAGAAAUUAAUAUUUUGAAUAAAGAUAAAAUUAAUGAAGCUACGGAUUUCAAAAUAGAUGUAAAUAUGAAUGCUGAGAACAGUGUGUCAAGUAUUAAAAUAGAAUUGAUAGACAUCACAAGCCAGGAGAAGGCAGGCAAAGAUAAAAAAGAUGAUAGUAAUGAAAGUUAGUAUUAAGUUUAAUGUAAAUAAUAAAUUUGUAUUUUCACUGUGAUUUCAGACAAACAAAGGUUAUAAUUCUGUUACUAUAGUAAAGUAGUUUCCAUCCCUGGCCUUGCCUGUGUGGCAAGUAAUGUAUGUCCCUCAUACUUUUCACUUUAUGUAAGUAUAAAUAAGCAUGCAAAAUUUCAGUUCAGCACCCAUAGCAUGGCAGCCGCAGGAACUCUUAAACACUCGCUGUGCCUUUUCACGUCAUAAUAAAAAACGAAACAGUGAUAGUUUUUCGUGCGAUGAAAACGGCAUUGCACAUGCCAUGCUGUAGAGGCUGAUCAGUGUUUUAAUUGUGAAGGGGUAAUAAACAAACUAACUUUCGAAUUUUUACUUGGUUUGCCGUAAAAAUUUGCUGAAAAAUUUAAUUUACUCCUUAGAGGAGUGGGGAAAAAAACUUUUGUAUACCAGUUUUAAGUUGGACCAAGCCAUAUCUAAAAAAAACCUCAUUUAAAUCAAAGCAUCAGUUUUUGCGGUUUGCAAGUAUAAACAUACAGACAAAUAGAUAGGAAUUCUGAAAACAUAUUUUUAGCUUCUACUGGUCUUAUAUCAUUAGAUCCACUAUAUCGAUUUUUUGUUAAUAUUUUUCAAGUACAGAUGUCGGUCAGUUACUAUUUUAUUAUAAUGUACAAAUGUGUGGAUAUGGAUGGAUUAUUGGAAUGCAACGUCAAGCCAGGAAUUCAUUGGUCUACCUUUUCUACUAGGACCCGGUUGAGGCGGCAUGGCAUCUGCUCCCUGUCGAAAUGUGUUCAAAAUCAAUAAAAAAAAAUCAAAUCAAAAUCAAAUCCGUGCAGUAGAUUGCGUUGAAGAGUAUCAAACCCACACACAUCCACAUGUCCUUAUAAACAAAAAUUCGCAUUUAUAAAUUAAAAGGGAGGAUAGGAAGCAUAUUAGUAGGAUAUGUAGGGAUAUUUCACAUAAGAGCAAGGUCAUUUAGACAAAAUUUGGUAACUAUCAUAAUCUGAAAAAGACUGACGGCAGACGGAGCAGUAGCCCGCUGGUUUUCAGUCGCUCGGUGACCACGGGUUAUUGUGUCGUACGUUACGAACGCGUUUAAUACCUGUAUUAUUUAUAAAUGGUAUAAUCUGAAAAAGUCUAAUAAAAUUUUAUUGGUA